AUUUUUUAUUAGAGAUCUUGGUUUUUUGAAGGAAAUUCUGCUUUGCUUUUAUUCUGUUGGCAACCAGAAGUGCAGGAAUGCAGUUUGUAUCUAAAUGUAGGUCCUUGAGGUUUUUAUUUCUAUUGUUCACUGGAGCUUAGUCAAGCAAAGGAAGCUGACAAGGUUGAGCUACUGAAGUGCUUGCAGUAUAAGUCCUGGGCUACAGCUCAUUCCAUUCACCCACUGAAUAAGAGGCAGAGGUCACACAGCAUUCCUGAGGCUAAGGGUUCCCGAAGCCCAGCCUGGACACUGUGCUGCCCAGCCCUCUCAGAGCUCUAUUUAAGCCAUCAAGUUUGAGCUGUAAGCCUUUGUGAGCCCUGGCACAGAAGUACAUACUUGUUCUAUGAGUAGGCAAAAAGCAAAACAGCACAUAACCAAUAGUCUCAUGGAUUAAAGAUGCUGUACUCAGAAAUAUUGAUAGGUUUAGCAGACUGUUAAAAAACAGUAGACUGUUUUUUAAAGAUGUGCUGGUGCCCCAUCUGUUUUUCCUAAGAGAGCACAACUUACACUUCACAAAACCUUCAAUGGCACACAUAUGGAAGAAUCAUCCUCAUUCAGAAAAUGCUUUGCCCCUAAAAUCCAAGGUAUUUGUUGUAGUAAACAUGACCCACCCACUUCAUGUUUCAAGUGUAAUUUCCGUAUGUUUAUGUCACUGCUGCCAUAUGUGCUCUUGGCCACCUUCCUGAUUUCUGUGUCUCACUAUGAAAUACUCAGAUACUGUAGGCUGUUGGGACUACAGUAAACCUUUAAAUGCCUUUUGCUGCUGGCACACAGAUGCACAAAUGGAAGAAACUGCAAGUUUCUUGUAAACUGUAAUAAAUUCAACACACAUUUGCUUUGCAAAUCCCAAAGGGGAUUAAAACAUGUCCCCUUGAAAUACAAAAUUAUCUCUACUGUCCAUUUCAAAAGAGACUCUGUCUCAGUGUAGCCAUAAAUGUCACAGAGGAUGUACUUUGAAUGGAAAUAAAAUCACACUUAUCUGUCUAGUUUCAUGGAAAAUGCCAUGGGACUCUCAGAGAUGGAGAUCUUGACCACUUCUGACAUGAAGAACAGCUAAGAGCAUCACUCAGCACCACGUUGGGGAUUAUUCAUAAACUACUGGUUGUCAUCUGUGCUGAUUACUGCAAUGCCUUCCAGUGCAAUUCCAGUGUGCAGUGAUGUAGCUGCCUGGUCAGCCUGCAACAUCACCUCUACAGAAGUAGAGCAGAGUGCCAGUAAAAACAAAAAGAAAGCUGCACAUAUGCAGAAGUUGUAGCUGCUGUUGAUGUGAACACUCUUGCCAAUGAUGUUUAUAAAUACAACUUUCCCAGCACACCGCUAUGGGCAAAGACUAUUGAGGGCAUAACAUUGAAAGAAUUUGACAGCUUAUCUUUUGAUAUGAUUUUGAUGAGUCCUCCCUGUCAGCCAUUUACAAGAAUUGGCCUGCAAGGUGAUGUGUCUGAUCCACGGACAAAGAGCUUUCUCUAUAUCCUUGAGAUUCUCCCAAGGCUUCAGAAGCUUCCAAAAUACCUACUUUUAGAAAACGUUAAAGGAUUUGAAUCCUCUUCUGCAAGGAAUGAACUUUUGCAAACACUAGCAACAUGUGGAUUUAAAUAUCAGGAAUUUCUCUUGUCUCCAACCUGUCUUGGCAUUCCCAAUUCUAGGCUGCGGUAUUUCCUAAUUGCAAAGCUUCACCAAGAACCAUUUUCCUUUCAAGCUCCUGGUCAAAUAUUGACAAGAUUCCCAGAUCAGGAUCUGGAAGAUUUACUCAAGGAAAAAGUUGCUGACGAAGUGGGUGAAACCAGUUCUUCUUUGUCCUCUGAGGAGAAGAAUCUGGAUCCAAAUAUUGGUCCAGAUUGCAGCAGCAAGAAGAGUUUACCAAAAGGGGCCUUUCUAUUUAAGCUUGAAACCGUAGAAGAAAUGAAAAGGAAACAUAAUCAGGAUAAUGAUUCCUCUAUUCAAAUGCUGAAAGACUUCUUGGAAGAGGAAAACAAAGAAAUGAGUCAGUAUUUCUUACCACCAAAGUCCUUGCUACGCUAUGCUUUCUUGUUAGACAUUGUUAAACCCACCUGCCGAAGAUCCACAUGCUUUACAAAAGGGUAUGGACACUAUGUGGAAGGGACUGGCUCAGUUCUGCAGACAGCAGUAGAUGUACAGCUUGAAUCAGUGUUUAAACACAUUGAUGAAUUACCAGAAGAAGAGAAGCUUAUGAAAUUGUCAACACUAAAACUGAGGUACUUUACUCCAAGAGAAAUAGCAAAUCUUCAUGGAUUCCCUUCAGAAUUUGGUUUUCCUGAAAAGGUAACAGUAAAGCAACGCUAUCGUCUUCUGGGAAACAGCCUCAAUGUACACGUGGUGGCAAAAUUGAUCUCCAUUCUACUUGAAUAAUUUAGGACCUGAAACUGAUGCAUAUGGACUGGUGACAGAAAAUACUUGCAUCUUUUAGGAGAAAGCUGAUGGAACCUGGACAAAAACCAGAGUUUACCAAGAUAUUUGUCCAGACAUUUUGCUGAGCAGUUUUGUUAUGUUUUUAAUAACGUGCAUUCAUAAUGGAUUUGAACUGUACAGAUGUUUUAUUUAAAUGGCAGUUUACAGGACUUAUUUGCUUUAUUUAAAUGUUCUUAUUAGUUUGCAGAAUGAAAAAGAGCAGCAUAUGCAAAUACUUCAAUGAGAAAGGAUAAGACUAUUGUAUUUUAUUUUUUUGCCUUAAAACCAUUUUCUAAGGGCUGUGUGAAGCUGUUUUAAUUAGGUAUAGAGACCAGGUUGUACGUGUAAAAUAUCUUCAUCUUUAAAUGUAAGUGAUCCAUUCUGAAAAGAUUUACUGUAUAUAUGAUCUGAAAUUUUGAUGUGAUUUUUGUACCUCAUGAAAUUAUUAAAUUCAGUAUUUUAUAUACAA